UGAUUCUUCAGCAAAGAAAACUUAGAAAAUGAAAUAAAAAGAACGAAAAAUAGUGUAAUUUAGCUUGCACUGUCGUCUUCUCCACUCUCUUUUUGGACCAAAACCCCAAAUUGAAAAACCCUCAUUGUUUCUUAUAUACUUAUUUUUUAGUUAAAAAAAACCUUCGUAAAAUUUUCCAAGUAUUCGUUCAUGUCGUCUAACAAUCCAUCGCAGCUCCUCCCAUCAGAGUUGAUUGACCGAUGCAUCGGGUCGAAAAUAUGGGUGAUAAUGAAGGGCGACAAGGAACUGGUGGGUACCCUCCGCGGCUUCGAUGUCUAUGUUAAUAUGGUGUUGGAAGAUGUUACUGAAUAUGAAAUCACCUCUGAAGGACGUCGUAUUACAAAACUUGACCAGAUCUUACUCAACGGAAACAACAUUGCCAUAGUAAGUCUGACAGAGCUGUUAAGCAUUUCUCCAAAAGCCCGUCUCUCACAUUUCAUUCAUUCUCUUUCAAUAAUUUGAGGGGUUGUUCUUUUGUAAAAUGCAGUUGGUUCCUGGUGGCUCACCUGACCCGGAGUGAGGUGCUCGUUUUCGGUGGCAGUCCUACUCCUGUGAUGUGUUUGAUGAUCGGCUUCUAUUUGGAAAAAGAAGCCAUAUAUAACCUUUCGUAAAUGAAUUUGAAUUUGUAGUACAAGACUAAUGGUAUAAAACAGUGUAGUAGUUUGAUGUAGCUAUCAUAUGGAUAGUCUCUGCUACUUCUUGUUCACUGUCUGAAAAUUCCAUUCUAAUAUUCGAGGCUGAAUCUUGUACUA